CACAAUCACAGGCCCGCAGCCAAUUCACUUCAAGAACACCAUCCCUCCCACCGUGAUAAUCACCAUUGAUGAAAAUGGCGGCUUUCCCCCAAUUCUCUUGAAGCCGUUUCAGGGGGCGAAACAGAAAUUACAGAACCGAAAGCAAAACCCUUCUUUUUCCCGCCUCAGCCGAUACCAAGAAGGGCCACGCCGAGUACCCAUCAACCGAAAGCAUUGUCAAAACCCUUUGUUUACCCAGGAAGAUUGGAAUUUUGGACUCAAGAUCGACGAUUGGAGCAGGUGACUGGUUUCAAAUAUGGAUAUCAGAAAGUGGUUCAUCAAGAAACAUGACAACGGCAUUGACAAUGCUUCAAAGUCUGUGAAACCCUCUACACUAGAUAAACCAUCUUCUGAUACUUCAAAUCCAGGGAAACCGCUCCGGGAAGGACAGGAAACUUCAGGGAGAAGGAAAACUAGUAAGUACUUUGCAAAAGAUAAUGCCAGAGAAGAGGAGGUUGUGGAAUUGUCUUCCAAGAGAAAGGCUCAAAGAGAUAGUGAAGAAUCAUCUGACAACGGUAAGCCACCCCCUCACAAGAAAGUCCACAAAGCUGGGGAUGAUGAUGAUGAUGAUUUUGUCAUUCCUAAACCUGGGAAGAGUUCUGCUGACAUCACCCCUAGCAAAAAAAUAAAAAGUGGUUCUGGCCGCGGUGUUCCUAAAAAAUCUAUCGAUUAUGACAAUGAUGAUGGUGGCGGCAGCGAUGGUGAGGAUACCACGCCUAACCAAAAAUCUAGUGGAAGGGCACGUGGUGGAAAAACUACACUAGCAGGUCGUGCGAGUGGGAGGAAGAUGGAUGUUGAUAAAAGUGAUGAUGAUGAAACUGAUGAAAAGGCUAUAAAACCCUCAAAGCCUGGCGGACGAGGUCGUGGAGGAGGAGCUGCAGCAGCUCCUGCCAGUGGAAGAGGCCGAGGUGGAGGAAGGGGUGGAUUCAUGAGUUUUGGCGAAAGGAAAGAUCCUCCUCACAAAGGGGAGAAGGAAGUCCCUGAAGGUGCCCCAGACUGUUUAGCUGGGUUGACGUUUGUCAUUUCUGGGACUCUGGACAGUUUGGAAAGAGAAGAAGCCGAGGAUUUGAUAAAGCGGCAUGGUGGUCGUGUUACUGGAUCUGUUAGCAAAAAAACGAAUUACCUCCUCUGCGAUGAAGAUAUUGGGGGGCGGAAAUCUGAAAAGGCCAAGGAACUUGGCACUACUUUUAUGACUGAAGAUGGAUUGUUUGACAUGAUCCGCGCAUCAAAAAAAGCAAAAACACAAGAACCCAAGAAACCUAAAGAUGAGGUUCGCCCUUCUCCAAAGGAUGAAAGCCCACAAAAACCUGAACCUAAGAAAAGCGUAGCUACCAAAGAGCACAUCAGGGUCACCUCUCCUGCCAAGAGAAAUAACCAAUCUUCAAAAGAUUCUUGUUUGCCAUGGACAGAAAAAUACCGGCCAAGGAAUCCAGACGAGUUAGUUGGGAACCAGUCAUUGGUGAAACAGCUCGAAGAUUGGCUUACACAUUGGAAUGAGCAGUUCCUAGAUAGUAGCAAGGGGAAAGGGAAGUCAAAUAAACAGAAUGAUGUUGCUAAAAAAGCUGUUUUAUUAUGUGGAACACCUGGUAUAGGGAAAACUACAUCUGCAAAGUUGGUCUGUAAAAAGCUGGGGUUCCAGGCUGUGGAGGUUAAUGCUAGCGACAAUCGUGGAAAGGCUGAUUCCAAAAUUGUGAAGGGUAUUGGUGGAAGUACGGCUAAUUCCAUAAAAGAGCUUGUCAGUAACGAAUCUCUUAGUGUUAAAGGAGUCCGCUCUCCACAUUCAAAAACAGUUCUGAUAAUGGAUGAGGUUGAUGGGAUGUCUGGUGGAGAUAGAGGUGGUGUGACCGAUCUUAUUGCUAGUAUCAAAACCUCAAAAAUACCUAUAAUCUGCAUUUGUAAUGACCGCUACAGUCAGAAGCUAAAGAGCCUUGUCAACUAUUGUUUACUACUUAGCUUCAGGAAACCCACAAAGCAACAGAUGGGAAAGAGGUUAUUACAGAUUGCAAAAGACGAGGGCCUUCAAGUUAAUCCGAUUGCAGUUGAGGAAUUGGGAGAACGAUGUAAUGGUGACAUGCGCAUGGCACUGAACCAGUUGCAGUAUAUGUCUCUUUCCAAGUCUGUAAUCAAUUAUGAUGAUGUCCGACAGCGCCUCCAAACCAGCUCAAAGGAUGAAGACAUGUCACCUUUUACGGCAGUUGAUAAGUUGUUUGGUAUUAACGCUGGGAAGUUAAAGAUAGAUGAGCGUAUUAGCUUGUGCAUGAGUGAUCCUGAUCUUGUGCCUCUUAUUAUUCAGGAAAAUUAUAUCAAUUAUUGUCCAAGUUCUGGCGGGAAAGAUGAUAAUGGAUUGAAAAGGAUGAAUUUGAUUGCUCGUGCUGCUGAGUCUAUUGCUGAUGGCGAUGUAGUGAAUGUACAGAUCAGAAGAUUUCAACAGUGGCAGCUCUCACAAAUGGGCUCCUUGGCCUCUUCAAUAAUGCCUGCUGCUUUGUUGCAUGGACGUAGAGAAGUGCUAGAGCAGGGCGAACGCAACUUCAACCGGUUUGGAAGCUGGUUGGGGAAGAACUCUACAAGGGGAAAGAAUUACCGUCUUCUUGAGGAUUUGCGUUUUCAUAUGCUCGCAUCCUCUGAAUCUAACUUGGAGAGUCGCCUGCACUUCGACUCUCACCGUCCGUCCUCCCUGCCGGUGGUUUAGAAGGUCGUAGGACGGCGGCGGGCGACGGCGGACGACGGCUAGGAGCACAGGUAAGUU